CGGGUGGGGGGAAGGGGAGCUGCCACCAGUCUGCGGGACGCGGCGCAGGCAGCAGCGUUCCUCCGCGGCUCCUGCACCCAGUCGCGCCGGAGCCAGGAGCCGGGCUCCCGGGACAGGAAUGGCCCAAAGAAGUGGGAAGAGGGAAGCUCCAAAUUUAUUAACAUCAGAGGCUGUUGAAUCAUCCUCCACUCAGCCAGCUGCCAAUGAGAGUGAAGAGUCAUUGCGGGAGACAGCCUGUAAAGUGCAGUGCGACCAAAACCCAGUCCUGUCAGCUAACAGAGGAAACGAAAAUGAAACUUUCAAGUCAGUGCUGAAGAAAAAAAAGAGACAGAAUAAACAGAGUGCAGCUGAUACGUGUGAAGAAACUACUCCUGCUUCUCAACUCAGGCAGUUGCAUUCAGAGAGUGAACAUACAGACACCAAAACAGUGCAGCUCAGUAAAGUUGAUAAUGAAACUGGCAGUUUUUCUGCUGAUGCUGAUGAUGGGGCCAAUGACCUGAAAUCUACCAGCGAUAAUGCUGAUCUACAAGGUGCUGUGGGUGAUGGACACCCUCCCAAAUCAAUGCAUAAGGAUCAAAUGCCAGAUAGUUAUAGUCCAGCCAAAGAUGGUGCAAAUCAAGGCUUGGCACCACCCGAAAGUGACAUUACACCUACUGAGAACAAAGAUGAUGGUGCCAGAGCUACUGCAGAGAAUUCAAUGCUUCACCCAUGCAAGAAGAAACCAACCAACUCAACGGGAGAUAGAAUUUUAAACCCACAAAAACAAAGGAGUGACAAUGAAGAGAUUGAAUCUGCAAAGAAAGGCAAUUUAGGCAAAUCAAAACCAGCAGAAGUAAGUGCUAAAACAGACCAUGGCAAUACAGAAACCAAUGAAGAAAAGACUCGCAAUCAACAGGAAUUGAAGAAGGAAGAGAGCAUUCCACUCACUAAGGGUGGAUAUUCAGGAACAAAUAAGAAGAAUCAAAUUCAACAGAGUGAGAAAAAAGGACUCACUGUGUGUAUUGAUCACCCAUUGGAAAGCCCAAAACAGAAUAGCAACAGAGAAUUGACAACUUCAACAAUAAGCAACAAAAGUGCCAAUGAAGAUAAAAAUCCAAUAAGCAGGAAGGAAAGAAAACAACAAAAAAAACAUUCAAAAGAAAAGCCUUCUGAACUCAGUUACACACAUUUAAAACCUGAAGAAACUGUUUCCGUGUACUUCUAUGCAAUAUUGUCGAAGGAUUUUAAGUUCAAUCCAGAUAAAGAUAAAGUAGUUAUAAGAUCUGGAAGUCUUGCUCGUAACUGGAACACAAAUGCAUUGGAAAUGACUGUAACCAAGAAUCUAGGAGAACAUGGAUACUUCAUUGAGGGAUGCCAUUAUGCUCAUCAAGACAUUAUUGGAAAAAAAUAUGCUUACAAAUAUGCAGUCAUAAGUGACAAUAAAACAACAUAUGAAUUAAUUUAUAAGUCAGACGCACCAAGUGAUUGUCACGUCAAUCGCUGCUUACAUAUAAAACGAGAAUUGAUUUCUGAAAGAGCAGAAUGGCAUCAAUACGAUGAUAUCAUAUGUGCACCAGUCAAAAAAAGUUGGACUCCUUGGGAUUAUUUUAAAAGUGAAAACAAGGAUAUAAAACGUGGAAAACAACUCGCAGGUGAAAUCAUGGUGAAGUCAAUAUUUGAUAUUCUUACGACAUGGAAUGAAAGGAACCUGAAGAUUUUCCUAAAGCAACUACGGCAAUUCUUUGAAGUUUAUAAAAAUCCUAUGGUUUUUGAACAUGGACCAGUUUCUUGGACUUCCCUUUCCUUUGGGGAGAAACAAGUUAAGGAUAUUCUAAAAAUGGCUUUGACAAUGAUGGCUACGGAUCCAAGUAAUCAAGUUUCACAAAUGGAGACAAGUUUAGCACAAGUCCAUCUGCGAACUGCCUUACUAAUAUUGUGCCUCUCUUGCAUCUAUCAUCUUGAAUGGUCAAAUUCUGAACUGGCUGCAGUUUGUGAUUUUUUCAGUGUACAACAUUUAUCAGCAAAUUACAUCACUAAGGAAUUCAAGACUCUUAAAGAAAACUUCUAUUUUGGGAAUAGGAUUGUAGAGAUGAUAUGCCAGACAAUGAAUAAAUGCAUUGACAACAAGAUAAUAAAAUGGGUGCAGUUGAUUCCUAUUUUCCAUUUAUUUCGUUUUCCAUCCAUCGUAACGAGCCCAGAUUUUUUGGACAAUAGUCAGUUGGAAGACAGCUGGGCUGGACUUGAAGGGCUUCCAAUUAUUAGUUUUAGAGAAAAAAUUAAUGAUGACACUCAAAGGGAGCUACUUGAACUGAUGAACAAAAGUAAGCAUUUGAUGUCAGUAGAUAGACUUUUAGCUCGUUCUUGGUUCAGCUUAUUGCCAUGGAAAGCUUUGCCACAUUACUUGAAGGAGAUCAGUCCUGAUCUGCUUGAUGUUCUGCAAGGAAUCAUUCAGAGAUUGAAGAAAUCGAUUUCACAUGAGAAGGCAUUGGAUCAUGUUUUAAAACUUGCAGAAGACAGUGUGUACAGUGAGCAGAACAGGGAUAUGUGUGAUGAACAUUUAUAUGCAUGUCUAAAAGCCAGCUUGAAAAUCCACGUAACUAUAUGUAAAUCUCAGAAAAAAGUGAACUUUGCAGAAACCAUUGCCACUUCAAUUGUGCUGAUGAGCAAACUUGCUAAAUUAAAAGAAUCUUCGUCAAAGGUUGCAAGUGAGAAAUCUCAAAGUAAGGAAGGUCAAGAAAUGCCAAGCACUGAAUUGUUCUUAAAAAUGGCUUUGACAACCACGAGAGAAUGGCUAAAGGCUGUCUUUACUUCAAAAUUACUACAGACCCGAUUUAUUUCUCUCAAUCAGGAUGAAUUUCGGGUAUGGGUCACCCUCUUAACCUUAGACCUUGGAAAUGAAGAAUGGGCUUCUUGUUGGAGUAAAGGACUCUUGAGUGAUCUAGAAGGACGAUUGAAGAAGGAAAAACCAAUCCAUCAGAUUGAAAUUUACUGCAAAAAGAUUGAGGAGAUGAGGAAUUUGGAGCCUUUGAUUGCUAAGUGCUUUGAGAAAUGUGCACUUGAUGCUGUUCAUUCUAUAUGCCAGAACAAGUCUGAAGCUCAACUUUUAGAUAGACUGUGGAAUUAUGAUUUGACCAAAUUUGGAAAACUGUUGUCAACAAUAAUUGAAAAUUCCUGGGAAAAAGACUACAGUGGAAUGUUUUUGGAAGAUACAGAUUCAGUUGUCAAUCAUUUACUUAACUGGUCGGCUGCAAAGACUAUCUUUCAAUUACACGGAAUGAAUAACGCAGUCACUGAACAGCUGUCAAAUAAAGCUAAAGAUUUGAUGGCAUUGGCAGAUUAUGUAUUGCAUGAUAUGACCAGCAAACUUUGGGAUGGCUCUAUCCAAAUUAAACAUUUAGACUGUAUCUUAAAAAAGAAGAGCAAUUUUACAGCCCUGCUCAAGACAAAGCAAGAUAAAUUAUUCGAAGAAAUAAAUCUGGUUCAGGUGUUGACUUGCCGACAAAAUGAAUUAGGUAGAUUUUUUGAAGAGAAAGGUUGGGUGGAAAGUCUCUUGAAAAUGUGCAGGAAAAUCGAUGAAUAUGUGAAAGUGGAAAUUGAGGAACCUGAAAAAUUGCUUGCAGCUGAUGUUCGCUUAAUGAAGCUAAGUGAAGUAGUGACUGUAAAGCGGAUAGGUACUGAAUAUUCAGUGCCAUUCUUCCCAAAGGUCGGUUACUUCUUGUUAAGUGAAGAGAUAAAAGAAAUGGCAAGAAGCAUUCACAAAUUUAAAGAUAGCUACAUUUUACAAAUGUGCUGGGAAAAUCAGGCACAAAAAUUCCAUGUAAAAGAUGAAACAAAUGAAGAAGAACCACGAUUGUCUCUUGAAAAUGUUUGUACCAUGAUUUGGCAUCCAUGUUUUGACCAGUACAAGGGAAUUUUUGCAAAAGUAAAGGAGGCAAGUCUUACUUUUGCAGAGGUUGAUGACAUAUUUAAAGACUAUCAUGGUAAAUAUGAUGAUCUAAAGAAUGACUUGAAGAUUAUGUGUAGAAUAGAUGGGAAUAAUAAAGACAACUGGAUAGAAGAGCGAACCCGACAAAUUAAGGAAUACCACGAAGUACAUUUGGCUAUUAAAUCUGCCCAACUAAUUGCAAAAGUCCAGAGUGUUUUUAACCUUACUGGAAACUUCACUGUUCUGGAUACAUUACUAAGUAUGACAGAUAAAUCCUAUGGGAAUGAAAGUCUGGAUUGCAUAGAUGAGCAACUUAUACAAGCUAAGAAUCAACUUGUGGAAAUAACAGAACCUCUCAUGGAAGCUUUGAAAGAGCUUACUCAAAGACAGCAAUUUGUGCAAUGGGUCAAAGAGGCUUUGAAAGAUGUAACUGAACUAAAGGUGUUUGUUGACUUGGCUUCAAUCUCAGCUGGUGAAAAUGAUCUCGAAGUUGAUCGUGUGGCUUGUUUUCAUGAUGCUGUGUUAGGCUACUCAUCAUUACUUUUUGAAAUUAAGCCAGAUGCUGGAUUUGUUGACUUUAUGCCUUGCCUGCAGAAGUUGUGGAAUGCUUUAGAUAAUGACCCAUAUCUUACUAAGAAAUUGCGAGAUUCAGCUCGGUAUUUGGAAUGGCUAAGAACUGUGAAGGAGAGCCAUGGAUCUGUAGAGCAGUCAUCCCUUUCACUGGCUUCAGCCAUAAAUAGCAGUGGAAUCUAUAACAUCAGUUCUCAUGGGAAAAACAAGCUUUCUUUGGGGUCAGCUAUCAUAUUAAAACUACCAGAAGCUCAUGAUGACAAUGAGGAUGUACGAAGUCACACUCUUGAAGACCUGAAAGAACUGCAGAAUAAACUCAUGCUGAUGUCAGGCAAGGGAGACCAUGGCCGGGAAGAAGUGGACAGAUUUGUAGAGGUAUUUGCCAAUGUCCAAAGACUUGCAACAUCCUUCAUCAGUCUGUUUUCUGCUGGUAACAUGCUGUUUAGGAACUGGAAAGUAGAAGUAUGUUGUUCAAGGAAGUGUGAGGCUUGCAUUAUAAUAGAUUUCAAUUUAAAGGAAAUGAGUAUAAUUAAAGUUAGUGGAAAUGUCACCGAGCAACUUCCCAUUCUGUGUAAAAAGAUGGAAGCCUAUCUGGAAAUAUGGAUGCAGUAUAUGGAUCAGCAAAGGUCUCAGUAUUAUUAUUUAAAUUUCUACACGGCUGAACAAAUUGUUUACCUCAGCACCCAAUUAUUUGAUUGCAACUGUGCCAGUCUAGAUGUCCUAAUGAUGUUGUCUUUCAUUAAACCGAACUGUACUGCCGAAGACCUAAAAGUAGCUCAGCAGAAACUUUUUGAUGGAGAUACAAGCACAGGAAAUCAGCCAUUAGCUAACCCCAUGCUGAGACAAGUAGAUAUCCAAGACGUAGCCAUGGAAGCAAAGAUGGAUUUGAUAUGGGAGCAUUAUAUGGAAAAUAUGACUUAUUUUCUGCCCAGCUGCCUUGAUGUCAGCACCCUUGGUAAACUUCUUGAAAAUGUUGCUGACAUAAAACAAACUAUUGCAAGAGCUCUUCCACCUGGUUUUCAGAAUGGUCAUCCUAACCUUGUUGUUUGUCCACAAUCUGAAGUGCUUACAUCUGCUUUGUGCAUUUACCUGCACUCCAGUAAUCAGCCGUUGCCUGCUUACGAUGAAGUACUUCUUUGCACAGCUGAAACUACAUAUGAGCAAGUUGAACUUUUCCUGAGGCGGUCCCUGUCUGCUGGCGGCACACAUUCCAAGAUAUAUUCUCUACUAUAUGCAGAUGAGCUAACUUAUGAUGUUAGUGUGAGGUUUGAAGAAUUGUUCAAAAGUCUGGAGUUGAAAAUUCAGUCAGAUUAUAAACUGGUGAUAUUAUGCAGUUGUGAGAGGGAUCACUGCUACAUUCCAACUGCGUUUAGUCGGCACAAGGUGCACAUAAUUCCACAAGAACCUUUAGAAAAAAUCCAGAGUUACCUCGAAAAUCAUUACAAAAUUUCAACUGAUUCAUCAGCAGCCACUGUCUUUAGAGAUGGAAUGUUUGUAAGGAUCAUAUCUUCCAAGAGAGCUGGAGUUGGAAAAUCACUUUAUGUUAAGAGAUUACAUGAAAAAUUAAAGGAACAAACCAGAGAAGAUGACUUGUUGAAAACCAUCCAUCUCUUAGAACCACAGGUGGAUGAAAAUAAAGUUCUCCAAGCUCUUUUUUCAUGUAUAAAAUCAUCAAAUGAGAACAGGCCUAUGAUAUUUCACUUUGACAUCGCUUCUUCUGUACAGAAAGGAUUAUGUGAAUUUCUUUUCAAACUAUUUAUCUUACAAUAUUUGAAUGGCACCGAUGAAAAAAUGUGGAAGUGCAGUCAGAGCCAUUUGUACAUUGUAGAAAUGAUUGAGGGAACUGGACUUCCUAGAAAGCGAACAAGACAAAGUGCACAAGUGCCAAAGCACAGCUUUCUGGAUGUCUUCCCGAAAGUAUGCUGUAGACCACCUAAAGAAGUACUUGAACAAGAAGUAAGGAAAUCUGAAACUCCGUCAUGGAAUGGUAUUGAUCCUCUCAUGGAUGAGAAGGAAUUUCACAGUGAAGCAUUUCAAAGACCAUAUCAAUAUCUCAGAAGAUUUCAUAAAAAUCAAAACUUGGAUACCUUUAGUUACAAAGGAACUGUUGAAGGCAACCAUACAGAAUGCUUGCAAAUGUUUCUAUUCUAUUGUGGGGUAAUGGAUCCUUCUUGGUCUGAGUUGCGGAAUUUUGCCUGGUUUCUUAAUCUGCAGUUGAAGGACAGUGAAACUUCUGUGUUUUGUAACUUUAACUUUAUCCAAGAUACUUUGCAGGGCUUCAAAAAGUUUGUUGUUAACUUCAUGAUUUUGAUGGCAAAAGAUUUUGCAACACCAUCUCUCAACAUCUCAGACCAGAGCCCAGGAAUACCAGCUACAAACUUAGAUAAUGUUUCAGAAGAUGACAUGGCACCAUUUCUUGUAAGAAAAAAGUGGGAAUCUGAACCACAUCCUUACAUUUUCUUUAAUGAUGAUCAUGAAUCUAUGACUUUCAUCGGUUUUCACCUCCGAAAAAAUGGGCAUGGUGGCAUUGAUGCUAUUAACCCAUCCAAUGGCAAGAUUAUUAAAUCAAAUAUAAUGACCCAUCAGCUAUAUGAAGGUUUGGUGCUACAAAAGGUUCCAUUCAAUAUUGAUUUUGACAAGCUUCCACGGAGUGAAAAGAUUGAGCGGCUUUGCACGAUAUUGGGCAUUCAGUGGCCAAUUGAUCCCGAUGAAACGUAUGAGUUGACCAUGGAUAAUAUUUUAAAAAUUCUUGCCAUUCACAUGAGAUUUAGGUGUGGCAUUCCUGUGAUCAUCAUGGGAGAGACUGGGUGUGGUAAGACAAGGCUGAUCAAAUUCUUGUGUGACUUACGGAAAGUUGGUGCUAACAGAGAGAACAUGAAACUAGUGAAAGUGCAUGGUGGAACAACUGCAGAAGUAAUCUAUUCAAAAGUUAAAGAAGCAGAAGCCCUUGCAAUAUGUAACAAGCAGGAUUUUGAUACUGUUCUAUUUUUUGAUGAAGCCAAUACAACCGAAGCUGUUAGCUGCAUUAAGGAAGUUGUUUGUGACCAGAUGAUUGAAGGCAUACCAUUAACUCCCAAUACAGGUUUACAGAUAAUUGCAGCAUGCAAUCCUUACAGAAAACACACAGACGAGAUGAUAAAGCGUUUAGAGUCAGCUGGGUUAGGCUACCGUGUCCGAGCAGCUGAAACAGAAGAUAAAUUGGGAUCCAUUCCUUUGAGACAACUUGUCUAUCGUGUACAAGCUUUGCCUCCAAGUAUGAUACCAUUAGUAUGGGAUUUUGGGCAACUUGAUGAUCUCACUGAGAAGAUGUAUAUCCAGCAAAUUGUCCAAAGGUUGACUCGGUCCAUUUCAAUUUCCUCUCUCAAUAUUAAAUGCAUGGUGGAUACUUUGUCAGCUUCACAAAAGUUCAUGAGAGACCAGCAAGAUGAGUGCAGUUUUGUAAGCCUUCGAGAUGUGGAGAGGUGUAUGAAAGUGUUUGUUUGGUUUUACAGUCAUCAGGACAUGUUAUUAGACAAUUUGAAACAAUUUUUACAAAAUGAUAUCAAUAAGGAGGUAUCCAUUCCAUUGAGUGAUGACACCAUCUUGCCCUUUGUGUUGGCCCUUGGAGUUUGUUAUCAUGCCUGUUUGGAAAAGAAGGCUUCGUAUCGUAAGGCUGUCUGCCAUCAUCUGCCUUCACCAUAUAAUAACCCUUCCAAAUUUUUACAGCAACUUGAGCUCUUCCAAGAUCUUUUACUAAGCAAUGUACCACUGCGAGAAACAAUUGCGAAGAAUUCUGCAUUGAAAGAGAAUGUUUUCAUGAUGGUCAUUUGCAUUGAACUUAAAAUCCCUCUAUUCUUGGUUGGAAAGCCUGGUAGCUCCAAAUCUCUUGCGAAAACAAUUGUAGCAGAUGCCAUGCAGGGACAAGCAGCUCACUCCGAAUUAUAUAAAAACCUAAAACAGAUCCAUUUAGUGUCUUUUCAGUGCAGUCCACAUUCCACCUCUGAAGGAAUCAUUAAUACAUUUAAGCAGUGUGCUCGCUUCCAAGAAGGGAAGAACCUUGACGAAUAUGUUUCUGUUGUAGUCUUGGAUGAAAUUGGUCUUGCUGAAGAUUCUCCAAAAAUGCCACUGAAAGCUCUUCAUCCACUCUUGGAAGAUGGAUGUAUCGACGAUGACCCUCUUAAACACAAAAAAGUUGGUUUCAUUGGAAUAUCCAACUGGGCUCUAGAUCCGGCCAAAAUGAAUCGAGGAAUUUUUGUAUCACGAGGAGUUCCUGACAAAAAAGAACUGAUUGAAAGUGCCAAAGGGAUCACUUCUUCUGAUCCUAUGGUUCAAAAAACAGUGAUUGGUUUGUUUGUGAACUUUGCAGAAGUUUAUCUAAAAAUUUGUAAACAAAGUAAAGAAUUUUUUGGACUACGUGACUAUUACAGUUUAAUAAAAAUGGUCUUUUCGCUUUCAAAAGCCUCCAAAUCAGAACCAACCCCAGAGCAAUUAGCAGAGAUUGUGCUACGUAACUUUAGCGGAAGUGAUGAUGUUAAAGUUAUGGACCUUUUCAAGUCUGUACUUAAGGAUAUUUCUCAUGAUAGCAUCAACACAUUGGAUCUGAUCAAACACAACAUAUAUGCCGAUUCUCAUGAUACGGAGUGUCGGUAUCUUCUUAUUCUUACCAAAAACUUCGCAGCUCUUCAAAUACUUCAGCAAAUGUUUUUCUCCAAUCAACAUCAACCUGAAAUAAUCUUUGGGUCUAGUUUUCCCAAAGAUCAAGAUUAUACUCAGAUUUGCAGAAACAUCAACCGUGUUAAGACUUGCAUGGAAACUGGGCAAAUGGUAGUUCUGUUAAAUCUGCAAAAUCUCUAUGAAAGCCUGUACGAUGCAUUGAAUCAAUAUUACGUGUACCUUGGAGGGCAGAAAUAUGUGGAUUUUGAGCUAGGGACUCAUAGAGUCAAAUGUAGAGUCCCCAACUUCAGACUGAUAGUUUAUAGAGGAGAAGGAAGUAGUUACAGAGAGUUUCCAAUUCCACUGAUCAAUAGACUUGAGAAGCAUUAUCUUGAUAUUAACACGGUCCUUGACAGAGAUCAAAGGAGUACUGAUUGCUUGCAAAAGUGGGUGCAGAGUUUCACAGGACUCAGAUCCAGAAAUGUUUCAGUCCAUGGUACACAGCAGAGAUAUGAUCCAUCUGAUGUGUUUGUUGGCUAUCACUCUGACACAUGUGCAUCUGUUGUCUUACAAGUAACACAAAGGUGAAGCAGACUCAAAGAUCUUUGGGAGGAUAUUCUCAAUGAAGCACAAUGGGUGCUGCUGAAUUGUGCCACUCCGGAUUCUGGUGGUCCGUUUAACAUUCUCAACUUCCUGGCACACGAGGCUGACAUGGUUAUGCAGAAGUACUUUGAAGAACAGCAUCAUGAUUCUCUUGCAGAUUUCAUCCAUUCUCAUAUCAAAUCUGGAGUUCAGUGUUGGGCAGUUUUCACUGAGGUUACAACAUAUUCACGGCUUCUAACUGCUUCUGUGGAAUUCUUGCAAAAAGUACUAAGUGGCAGUGUUCAGAAUCUCUUCCUUUUCUCACUACAGCAGUUUGACACAGAGCAUUCAUUUCUGAAGAAGAUAAGGCACUGUAUUGAUUCUAGCCAUUGGAAACACAGUCUUGCUCAUACAAACGAUUUUGAAAACAAUUCACAGAGUGCAAAUUUGAUUGCUUCUGCAAAGUAUUCCACUUUAAAUGAAACCAACAAGUUCAAAGAUAUCAAUAGAACAGUCAACGUGUAUUUCCUCACUAAGUUGCCAAGAAUAAAAGGUGGAUCAGCAUACACAGGAUUUCAUGGAGACCCAUGGCAGUCAGUUCAUAUUGAUGACCUCAGGAAAUCGAAAGACAUGGUUGCAGAUGUGUCAGCUUUCAAAGGCGUUACUAUUAGCCAGCUUUUUGGCAGAGACCCAGCCAUGAGUGUUGACCAGGAGGAGGAGGAGGAGAUUUUUGAUAAGACAAAGAUACUGGAUACAACCUCCCUCAUCAGGAAUUGUGUGCAGUCUGCUGUUAGCAUGCUGAAGGACCUGCAUCAGAGUUCAAGUCGCAGCACCGCACGAGUUGAAAUCCUGCUUUCACUGUUAAGAGAGAAGAUGUUGAAAUUCAAAGCGUCAUUCCUGGCAAUGAUGAAGCAAAGGCUGCACUCCCUGCUACUGGUGUGUGAUGAGGAGUCUUUCAAUGCAUCUGAGUGGAUGGUACGGGUAGCUUCAAAUGUUGAAGCACUUCAGGAAGGUGGCACUUUCAGGCACACACUUUGGAAGCGAAUUCAAACAAUAGUAACGCCUCUCCUGGCGCAGAUAAUCUCGAUUAUAGACCGGGACUGUAACCUAAACUUGUUAAGUGACAAUACUCCUUUAUUUGUACGGAAUCUAUGGAUGGAAAUUUUUAGUGACUCAAAUCUGUUGAGUUUUCCUUACAACAGAGAUAUUUUGAGUUCACAAUCUGAAAUUGUUGUCCACAACUACCUGAAGAUGGACAUACUGAAAAUUGGCAAUAGGCUUCCUUUCAGUUGGAGAAUAAAGGACUUUCUGGAUGAGUUGUGGGUUCAAGCCCAGUACAUGGAGGGGCAAACUGAGCAAAAGCUGAAUGAAAUAUUUAACAAAACUGGAUUUGGAAAGUACCUUUCUGAUGUGAAUGAAGAAUGGAGACUGAACUUUUUCUUCAGAUACUUGGAUGAUUUCCUGCUGAUGACCAUGAGCAUUUCAUCUGAAUUUGAAUUUGAGUUCCUUCAAGGAGCACUGAUCUCCUGCGUAAAUCAGCUGAAAAUAGAAUAUAAUGUUGGAGAUGAUGUAUCUUUGCUUUGGGUGCACUUUGCAUAUCAACGCUUCAAAAACCGUCUGCAGAAUUUUUCAAGAAUUGUUGUAGUGUGUCCUUCAGUUCUGGCUUUGCUAUGGAGCAUGAAAGAUAAAAUACAGAAAGCUGAAGAAAAAGAGAUGGUCAUAGAUAUUUAUGCAGCAGCUGCCUGUGUUGAAAUGCUGGAAUUUGAAUACACUAAAUUAUCAAAUCAGACCUGGCUGCAGAUGGUGAGCACUCUGCAAAUGCCCAUUGAGCUGGUCUGCACAGAAGUCUUAUCACAGUGUGAGGGAAGCAAAUCGUCUAUUGCAAAUUAUGUCCAAUCUGGCUGGUGUAGAAUAUUUUUGCUGUCACUUUUUGUGGAGCACAUCAUUUUGGGAGUCACAGAAAUACAUGUCAAAUUGCAGGACGAGGUUGCAUUCUAUGCUGGUCAACUUACAAAGAGUCUGAGCAGUGACUCUGAUGUGAGAUCUCGAGGUCCUUUUUGGGCUGUGAUUAAGGUCCUAAGGGAUUGUAAAAACAGUGCAGGAUGUCUGUUUUUCAGGUAUGGUCUGAAAGGAUGUAUAAUUUGCUUAGGAGAACUCAACAAUCCUGUCCUGCUUCCAUGUGAUCAUCUUUACUGUUUAGACUGCAUAAAGCAGUGGCUUGUACCAGGACAACUACACUGCCCACAGUGCCGUACUGAUCUAGUUGAUGAUUAUGUACCAGUGGCAUCUGAAAAAAUAAGGGAAGCUGUUGCAAAAUUAGCCAUAUUUCGCAAGAGGUGUGAUGCAUUUUUCAUAGCUUUGGUUUCCAUGGUCUGCUUCAAAGACGACUUGCCACCAACAAAAGAAGUGGUUGAUGAUCUGCUGUCUCUACUAGUUAUUCAAAAAGUGGGGUUUUCCAGUGACCCACAGAAAGAUCAGUACUUUACCAGCAAUCUUUCACCAUUUGAUGAUACAGUUGAUCGAAAUCCUGUUGUCCGUUCCAUUGUUCUUAAGCUGUUGUUAAAGUACAGUUUUGUUGACAUUAAGGAUCACCUGCAGCGCUAUCUAUCUGACAUUCAAAAAACAAAUAUUCUUGGUGAAGAAGAUGAGACUGAACUCUAUGCACUGUUUCUGAAUUGCUUGGAGGAUUCUAUAUAUGAAAAAUCCCAGUUGUGCACAGUGCAAGAAAAAAUUGCUUAUCUGGCUCAGGAGGGAGAAUUCCUUCAGAUGUACAUUCCACACAAGAGUAAAGAGAUUACAAUAGAAACCUUACAAGUUUUUGCCAGAAUUCGCCUGUGUUUUGACACUGCUUCCCAGCUUCUUUGUGAAUCACAUGACGCAGAUGCUGCGGAUUCAAAAUAUGUACGUGCAAAAGAAGCGUUCCUGCAAAGGAUUAAGACUAUGAUUCUCAGUGGAGGAAAUGAUUGGCUCAGGAUUUACCUUGUGCGAAAGAUGUUCAAUUUAAAGGGAAUCGAGUUUGUCAAAGAGCUUUUAAUGAAUGACCGAUUUUUAUGGGUGUUUCCCAAGGAGAUUAUUCAUGAGAGACAUUAUACUGGACAGAUUGAUCGUUACCUUGCAUGUGGCAAAGAUUAUCAAAUGUUUCGUGAUGCAGUAGCCAGAGCUUUUGUUCAUUGUGACCCUAAAAACAUUGAAGGAGCUCGAAAGGAUUGCAAAUGCUCUUCCAGUGAGCAAGGUGUUCAUUUAACCCUUGCAAUAUUCCGGGAAAUCGCUCUUCUGUACACAUCAAGCAACCCGAGUGACCGUCCAAACAAAGAUCAAUGUGAUACUAUUGAAAAGUACAUAGAGAAUGAAAAUCUUUUCCACUCUGCCAUGUGUAAGAAGUUUGCCAUUCGAUUACUCAAGAAUGAGGUUCCUGGACUUGAGAUCAAUCCAGGGCUGAAUGGGCUGCAGAAGACAAUAAUGGAGAUAAUCAUUCAUGUAGCAGCUGUUGUCUUGUUGUAUAAGGAAAACAGCAUCCUGACUCCACUGCAAUAUCUGUCAUUUCAGCCUGCUGAUAUGGUGAAAGCAUUCCUACCCACAAUGCCAAAAGAUAUGAUCAUGGAAACCAGGAGCUUGGCUGAUUUUCGCUCAUUUACGUGGUAUGAAUGCCCAAAUGGACAUCCUUGUAUCGUAGGAGAGUGUGGUCAACCUAUGGAAAAAGCCUAUUGUCUUGAAUGCAAAGCUGAAAUUGGAGGACUUAAUCACAAGCCAGUUCAUGGAUUUACUCAAGCUCAGAUGUUGGACAGAACACAAACAGGACACGUCUUAGGUGAUCCCAGCAAAAGAGAAGCAAUUGUUGCUCAUGACAGACAGAUGCCCUCUGUGUCAUUUUUACUUCUGCGUCUCAUGACACACGUGGCUAUGUUUUUAGGAACAAUGGAGGAUGCCAAGUCAAUAGAAGAUAUGAUAAAACCACCUGUUCAAAAUCCAAGGGCCUUUCUCUGGUGUCAUAUCGAAAAAGACAUAGAACAGCUCGAGAAAUCACUGGCAAAGAACACUGAUGAAACUGCCACAGUUCUUCACCUCAUUCUCAGACAACUCAUUAAACGAGGACAGUUCCCUCCAUUUAAGCCGACAAACCUCUCCUCCAAAGAGCAAAGGUGUACUUGGGAGAACUUCAUUUCAAAAGAGGUGAUAAUUCCUGCAGUGAAGAAUCUGGACAGGGAGCUUGAGGAUGCUAACAGGCAGAUAAGUCAGGAUGAAAGAAUGUGUUCAGAUCCUCUUGUCAAAAUUGUGUACGAUGAUCCCCAAGCCUGCCUUAAACUACCUAAAGAGAAUGUUUUCCACUGUUCUACAUUAUGGACUUGUAGAAAGAGAAUUUCUGUUGAGUAUUUGAGAAACAUAUUGGAACAUAAGGAAGAGAAAGAUGAUGUACCCAUCCUGCAGAGGUUUCUACAAAAGGAAGCACAGUUAAGGCUGGUGAAGUACCUGCCAGAAUUACUGGCACUUCAGUAUGACUUGAUGAAACUAUUUCAGAAUGCAACAGAGGUACCUAAGCAAUCUACUCAUGAUUUUCUUCAGAACUUCAGCUCUGAAUCAGUAAAGAAUAAAUUUACAUCUCGAAUCUCAUGCUUUAUAUAUGUAUGGAACCAGCUUCGGACAUUUCUUGUUACUAAUGGUGAAAUUAAGAUUCCCGAAGACUAUUGUGCUUUAGAUUUGGACAUGCUAAACUGCCAACUUGAAGUUCUGCUCCCCCGGCGACAAGGUCUUGGCUUAUGCUCUACUGCAUUAGUUAGCUACCUCAUUGCUCUUCAGAAUGAAUUUAUUUAUACGGUGGAGAAGUAUACUACUGAAUCUAAACCUUACUCCAUCAGUCCCCAGGAUGUAUCGGACUUGCAUGUAAUCAGAUAUGAGAUUGGAAAAGACCUAAUUCCUCUCCUUUCAUCCAACUGCCAAUACUCAAUGGAAAAAGGAAGAGAAAUUGUGAUAGAGCAUGACUUCAAGAGAAUUGAACAACAACUGACUAACAGAUUCUUAAAAGGAAAACCACUUAUUAGCCUAAAAGGAAUACCUACGCUGAUUUGCAGACAAGACAGAAAUUAUGAAAUCAUCUUUAAGGAUAUAAAAAGAAGAAUUGCUCAGGAAUCAUUGCCGAUCUCUGUUAUUAAUGCGAUAAGUGUUGAGCUACAGUCAUACAGUGAGGUAUGCGAAGCAUUCACUGCCGUUGAAGUCACUUCAGGAUUUUUGGCCAUGUCAGGCGGGGACCCUGACCUAGAACUGGUUGUCUACUUGAAGGAAGUAUUGCAAAUGGAAGCCCAAACUGCGCCUCAUGUAAUGGAAACACUGAAACGAUGCAACUUGAAGCACAUCCAAGCUCUCUGGCAACUCCUUUCUACAAGAAAAUCAGAAUGUUCACUUCAUUUGAAUAGGGAUCCUUUCUCAGGGAUUGAAGAUCAAUAUAAAACAGACCUCAGUGAGGAACAAAAGAAACAAUUACGUGCCUUCUUCGUCCAAGCAAGUGUAGAUACUUUUAUACUGGAAUUGCAUGAGUUGCUGAUUCUCAGAUGUAAAAAUGUUCAAUCAUCAGACUCUUUCAACCCAUCUUGGAGUUUGAAAAUGUCGCUCAGAUUAUUUAUGGAGCUGAAGGAAGUGGAUCAUCUGCCGGAACUUGAAAACAGUUUCCCAGAAGAAAUUUUGACGUCACAGAGUGUGGAGACCUGGAAAGCAGCUGUAGCUUUCAAACGGAAACAAUUACAGUUUACAAGAUAAAUUUGAAGAGCCAUAAACUUUGUUUCUGAGCAAUAAUAGUUUAAUUCUGCUUAAAAAUAGGACCAUGUGAAAAAGAAAUACUUUCUGAAGAGAUUGUAAGCUAAAUAUUUCUACGUAUCACUGAGGUUAUGAUUUAUGAAGCACUUCCAGAUAUAACAUAUUACCUGAGCAACAUUGAAGACGUUUUUUGAUGUUUACAGAUUACAAAUUAUGUUAAAAAUACAGCCAGUUAUUGCUUAUCUCAGUGUCUUAAUGUGCUAUUGAUCAACUACUAUAAUACAUAGUGAAGUUUUAUUUUGUUCUGCACUGCAUAUACAUUUACAUGAAUAUUAGGUGUUUGAAUAUAUUUUGGUGAAAAUAAUGCAUUGCAGUGCCUUCCUGCCUACCAAAGCAAGCUGCUUAAAAAUGGCUUCUGUAAUGAAAGUAAUUUGAUGUGCUUUUACUUUGUUUACAAAAUUUAUUAAGUUUUUUAAUGUUUGCUUUCAACUUACUUGCUGCAAGGUUCAACUGAACUUGAAUGUAAUCUGAAUUAAAGA